UUAGAAGUAGACAUUGAAACAGAACCUUGUACAUCUAAUAAAGUUCUGUUCCUGGAGAAAGUUCGUCAAUCAAAUGCUGCUUGCCAAAAUGGAGAUUUUUCUUCAGCCAUCAAACUUUAUACUGAAGCAAUUGCAUUGGAUCCAACUAAUCAUAUAUUGUAUAGUAAUCGUUCUGCAGCAUACAUUAAACUUGCAAAACAUGGCCGUGCUUUACAAGAUGCCAUUAAAGCUAGAGAACUCAAUCCAAAAUGGCCAAAGGCCUAUUAUCGACAAGGUGUUGCACUUCAGUGUCUUGGUAGACAUGCUGAUGCUUUGGCUGCAUUUGCCUCUGGACUCGCACAAGAUUCAAAAUCUCUCCAGUUACUUGCUGGAUUAGUAGAAGCUGCUAUGAAAUCACCAUUACGUGCUACACUUGAACCAACUUAUUGUCAGUUACAAACAAUGCGUCUUGAUAAAUCUCCUUUUGUAAUUACAUCUGUAAUUGGACAAGAAUUACUAGCAUCUGGCCAUCAUGCUGCAGCUGUAGUUGUACUUGAAUCAGCAUUACGUAUUGGAACAUGCAGCUUAAAAUUACGUGGUUCUGUUUUUUCAGCCUUAAGUUCAGCAUAUUGGGCUUUAAGCAGUUUAGAAAGAGCAAUUGCUUACAUGCAACAAGACCUUGCAGUGGCAAAAUCACUAG